AUGGGGGGAUCCCGGCCCUAUUUCCCCUUUGGGAUCGGCGGGUUUUAUUCCUACGCCCCGCCGCCCGGCCCCGGCCCCUCCCGGCCCCGCACGUCCUUCCUCAUCCAGGACAUCCUCCGGGACGGGCCGGAGCGCGCCCGGAGCGCGGGGAAUGCGGGGCUGCGAGCGGCCGGGGACGCGGGGACAGCGGCCAGCCCGGCCCCGGGACACCCCCCCGGGGAUCCCCACCCCCGAAACCCCGGAGAGCACCGAGCCGCAGGGACAGCCCGGGAGAUGGACACAGACACCCUGGCGGAGAAUUCCCUCCCCGAUUCCUCCCGCCCCACGACCCCGCGCCCUCCCCGGCAAACCAAGCGCUCCCGAGCCGCCUUCUCCCACAGCCAAGUGAUCGAACUGGAGCGCAAAUUCAGCCACCAGAAAUACCUGUCGGCCCCGGAACGCGCCCACCUGGCGCGGCACCUGCAGCUCACCGAGACCCAGGUSAAGAUCUGGUUCCAGAACAGGAGGUACAAGACCAAGAGGAAAGAGCUGGGGAAUGGUUUGAGCCGCUUGGACUCGCGGGGUGGUGGCCAAGGAGCGGCCGAAUCGCCGGGGACGGCGCUGCUGGCGCUGCGAGGAGCCUGGCCAUACCUGCCCUGCCUCUACUACGUCAACGGAUGGAGCCCCUCCUGGUAG